UUACAAGCGAAUUACACCCUAUAUACGAGCAAUCACAGCCCAUACUAUGAAAGGCCUGGAGAGGUAUCGAUGUGACGUCUUGGGCUGUGGGAAAUCGUUCUCCAGAUCCGACCAUCUCGCAAGGCACAAGGUCAACCAUGCUCCCCAAGUGUUAUACCAGUGUGGAGCGCCAGGAUGUACCAAAAUGUUUGUGAGGAAGGAUGUGAAAGAAAAGCAUGAGUACCGUCAUAACCUCAAGUUGGGCAAGAUCAAGAGAAACAGGGAUGCCCUUGGGACGGUGUUUCACCAUGGACAAUUCGAGUUGGAUCAAGUAUUGCACAAGGAAGACCCCGAAAUCGCCCUAAGCAGUGAGCUUCUCGCCAGAGGUGUGGUCCGGCCUGCUAUGAGCAGGACCAUGAAGGACUACCCGGGAGAAGUCGACAAAAAUAUGACCUCUGCUAGCCCUAGUACCAGUGUCAGUGAAUCCAAUCCUUUGACCAACGGCCAGAUCCAUACCCUCAACAGCUUGUUGAACGACGAGCCCCUAUACGAACAUGUAAAUAAUGACAAGGCCACAAAUUUUGCUCAGGAAGCAGAUAUUUCUAAAGACCCUGUCGGAUUUGUUCCAACAGACUUGACACAAUGGUUGUUCAACGAUGAAGCAUUCCUAAACCAAAGCACCAACUCCAGCCCCACCAGCAACAUACUAAACGAUCUCGACCUUAAGGCAGCUAAAAUGUUGGAAGAUGCCUUCUGUACCUCUCCCAACUUUCCCUUGGCAAACUACCAGACAAGCGUGGAUGAUCGUAUAAUACAAUCAAUGAUCAGUUACAUCCCAAAACUAGCACUGAAGCAGCUAGGGGUGAUUCAAAUCGAAAGAUGCUUGGAGUUGUAUUGGUCCAUUUGUCACAUCCAAUUUCCAAUUUUGCAUAAGCCUUCCUUUGAUACAGCCAAGGUUCAUCCGCUUCUAUUGCUCUGUAUAAUCAUGAUGGGAGCAGGAGUUGCUAGGUUUAGUGGUGUUAAUGAAUCAGAGAUUCUCCACGAUCCUCAAGAUCUAGCAGACACUAUUGCUGUACCAUUGAGAUGGUUGGUAUUAUCCUCGGAUGAUUUCUGUUCUCCUCCAAAGGCCUGGAUUUUACAGGUGUUGAUCAUCCUUGAGAUUUACGAAAUCUUGCUUUCGUCUCGGAAAUUGCAUGAAAGAGCAUACUUGCACCAUGGCCUAAAAAUACAGCUAUUAAGGAGAAGUCCAUUACUUGGAGGUGAUCCCACCAAUCAGUAUAAUGAUUACAAGGAGUUGACCGAAGGUAGUGAUGCGUGGAAAAGUUGGAUUGAACUAGAGUCUCUCAAGAGGGCUACGUUGGUAUCGUUUUAUUUGGAUACCAUCCAUGCAACUAUUUUCGGACAUGAAAUAAUAUUGUUUGCUCAUCAAAUCAAGCUUCUGAUGCCCUGUGAUGAUAUGCUUUGGGAAAUGUCAAAUAUUGACAAAAAUAAUUUACCUCCUCAAACUGAAACACCACGUUUUAUCACUGCAUUAACUAAGCUAUUACAUCAACAAAAUUUUGAUGUGGGACCGUUGAGUAAGAAGAUUUUGUUAGCAGGCUUAUUAACGAUUAAAGUACAAAUGGAGAAGAAGGACUUGGAAGUGACCUUCUUAGAUUGGAAACCAGUCAAGGAAUCAUGGAAAGAUACAAUCUACAAAGCUAUCGAAGUUUGGAGGGAUGACAUUUGUCACGAGGAUUGCUGUGAUUCCAGAAAUGCAUUUUAUCUCUCCUCCUCCAACAAUGCCGAAUUGAUGCCUGCUCCUUUCUCGAUUGCGGACAAGAAAUGUAAAUUCCCAAUUUAUCAUUUGUCGCAAACAUUUAUGAGAAUAAAGCAGUACGACUGUAUUAUUUUUGCAGGUGCAUCAAAUAGAAUGAAUGUUAAAACAACUGACAGGGAUUAUAAAGUUGUAAAGGAGAGAAUUAACACUUGGGCAAAUUCAUAUAGUGGCCGAAUAUCUGUGUUGCAUUGCUAUAUCUUCUUGAAUGAAAUGCUUUUCAAAGGAAACGAAAAAUUAUACUAUAAUCCUUCAAAAGAUCCACUAUUUCAUCGCCCCAAUAUAGUGGCUCUGUCCUUAUUUGUUAUUUGGGCAUAUAAUUAUUCCUUAGGUGGUUCUGAGUCUUCAAGUUAUCUUGAAUACAGUGGAAGAGACAAAACCAUUCAAUUAUCUAACUCAACUUUCAAAGAAGAUGGUUAUGAUUAUUUGAAGAGAAUUAUAGAUACUCUAAAGGAGGAAACUUCUCAACAAACAAUCUCUAACCGCUUGCUCAAUGAGUACAACGAGAUAUUACCCAAGAUAAAGAACAAACACUAUCUUGUUGGUUUUUUGAGUUUGUUCCUAGAGGGUUUCAAGAGUUGUCAGUCAGAAGUUUGUAGGGAAUAUGGAGGAUUAUUGGAAAAUUGCAUUGAAAGAAGCUUGGGCAAAAAGUAUAAGGUCAUGCAGUAGUGUUGAACAAGAAAAAAGAACAUUUUAUGAUCGGUUAUAUGGUGUAUAAUAAAAGUUUAAUGGAGUAAUCGAAUGAUUUGAUGCCUAAUGUGUACAAAUACAAAAGCAAGUUCCUGAAUGGCCAAGCUCUCUACACAAGCGUAAAGUGAACUUACGAACUUGAAGACACUUGCGGUCAAAUUGAG